AUGAUGAACUGUCUUGUAUUACUGUGCUUGUUACUGAAAAUCUCGACGUGCGAUGGCCAAAGAGAGUUGUACGAUCAUUUGUUUAGCAACCACAGCGCCCUUGUCCGACCAGUGGCCAACGUCUUAACGCCAGUGCACGUGGCUGUGGGGUUUGGUCUGAUCACACUUAAAAACCAUGACGAGAUACGACAAGUAUUCAUCAGCCAAGGAGUUCUGACCGUCACGUGGAGAGAUGAAACUCUCAUGUGGUCACUGUUUGACUUCAACGUGACCAGGAUAAUCGUUCCAGCUAGUGCAUUAUGGGUACCAGAUCUGAUCAUCUUAAAUGACGUCAAUAACAACGGCCACGUUUCCGCAGAUGUGGUCAGUGUCGUGGUUCACUACACGGGCGACGUCAUGUUGAGUGUAGGGGGCAGACGCGAAACAUACUGUCGUGUUGACGUCACCAAGUUUCCUUUUGACACUCAAGUGUGUCAGAUCCGAGUCCGACAAUGGGCGUCUAUCGAUUCCGAAGUACGAGUCACUCCAAAGUCCAGCAACAUAGAUCUGAGCGAAUACAAUGGAAACAAUGGCGAGUAUACCAUAGUGCACACGAACAUAACGACUGUGACCCAUGAAAAAAGCCAUCAAACAGAACUGCGGUUUUCCGUGACAUUUACCCGAAAGAGUUUGUAUUACAUUCAACUUUGUGUUCUGCCUGUUAUCCUCCUGUCGAUUCUCAAUCUCGCAGUGUUUCUCGUUCCGAGCGAGAGUGGCGAGAAGAUGACCCUGGGUAUUUCAGUCUUUCUCUCCUACGCAGUAUUCCUCACCAUCAUCCACGGCUUUCUCCCUGAAAUCUCAGACACGAUAUCCAUAUAUGGCAUCUAUCUCAGCGUCAUGGUCUGCCUAAAGGUCCUGACCUUGUUACUCUCAGUCGCCGUCCUCAACAUACACCACAACAAAAGCCAACAGCCUCCGCCAUCUUGGAUUUUGAAAUCUGGGUUGAUCUUCCGGUGCAGAACAAUAUCUUGGUACCCGACACCAGAAACAGUAAAUAAUUCAGAUGACGACGUCAAUGCCACUGCUGUCCACCGCGAGUCCUGGGCUGACACUGCACGCAUUGUGGAUCGAAUGCUGUUCGUCACAUUUUCUAUUGUGACAUGUGUUGUCACCACUGUUUUCUUCUGCAGUUUCACCACGUAACUGUCCACUGUGCUCGUUUGUUUUACGCUACACUCAGCAAUGCUCCAACUGUACCAUGUCGGUCAAAUAAGCCAAUGGUGGAUAUUAUGAGCACUGUUUCACAUAGUCUGGGUCCGAUGACACGAAACCAAAGAGGAUAUCUAGCCUACCAUCGAUCCACGUAGUCGCCUCUUACAACAAUCAUUUAAUGCCGAAUUGGUUCGUUGACAAUUGUCUUAGCUAAAGAAUACAUGUUGUUUUAUCAAAUGAUUUGUGUUUUAUUGUUUUACGACAAUCAAUUAAUGCAGUAUCGUGUUGAGACAUAUUCUAGCCCGACUUUAUCCAAUGUUGU